AUGUUGGAAAACGUCCAGUGCUGCUUAGACUUUCUUCAUGCACAAAAAGUCCAAGGGUUAGAACAAGUAACAGCAGUUGACAUUCGUGAUGCUAAACUAAAAGCUGUUUUGGCAUUAUUUUUUGCACUUAGUCGACAUAAGCAAGCGUCAAAACAAAGAACAGUGCCAUCUAGCGGCAAUGCUACGAACGCGGGAAAAAGUUCCAACGAAGAUGUGUCUUUAAGUUCCGUCCAACGAAUAACAGGUGGCAGCAGCUGUGAUGAAAUAUUAACCGCUUGUGGAAAUAACGUCGAAAUGACGACGUUAACAGCUAAUAGACAAGUGUCGGUGCUGCAGACGUCGAUACCGCUGCCGGCGUCGGCGGCGGCGGUGCGACGCGCUCCGCCGGACAAGCGACCCCUGCCUGCUACUCCGAUACAUGGGGGAAAGAGUGGGUUUUCGGCUAGUUCAAGUCGGUCAACAAGUCCUUUGGGUCAAGGAGCAGUCAGCUUUAUUCCUCGAGCACCGGCUUCAUCAUCAGGAUCAAGACCUAAUUCAUCAUUACUAGCUCCUGGUAGUAAAAUUCCGUCGACAAUAACUCAAUCUCCUCAACAUUCACAAAAUAUAAGUAGCCAAAAUGGUACACCUACAAAACAGUCUAUGCUAGAUAAAUUAAAACUAUUUAACAAAGACAAAGUAAGUAGUGAAAAACAAAGUAGUAAAAGUACAGCCGUAUCGAAGCGCACUAGUUCUUCCAGUGGUUUUUCAUCUGCAAAGAGUGAAAGAUCAGACUCUAGUUUAAGUCUCAAUGAAUCUACCAACGCAACAAGUACACAUAUCAAAUCUUCUAACUUAGUAGGACCUAAAUGUGUGAGACAACAAAACGAUAUUUUAUCAAAAGACAAAUCGGCUAAUAAACAUGUUAAGUCAAAGUUAGUUAAUACAAAAAUUACUAAAGAACCUUCGACGAUAAGUAAAUCUAAUGUUAAAUCAAGUAGUAAUGAUAAAUCAAGAAACAGUCCCAAGCUACCAGCACGAGAUAAAGAUUCAAAAUUAGCAGCACCGAAAUCUGUUAGUAACACUAAGUUAAAUCAAAUAGAAGAUCAUCCAAGGAGUUCUAAGAAUAAAUUAGAGCCAAAAAUGGUGAAACCAUCUGGGAGCCAAAUGAAACUAACUGAUCAACGUAUGGAAAAUACCGCAGAUGCCAAAACUUAUGAAAACACAAAACAUCAAUCUAAUCAAGUCCAAUCACCUUCACAAUCUAAUGGACCGCCAGUACCAUUACAAAAUCAUACUGGAAUUCCUAAACCUACUGCUGCUGUUAAAGGUACAUCGAAAAUUUCAAAAGACGAAAGACAUAAUAUUUUGAAUAAGAGUACAAAUAGUCAAUUAAGUCCUAUACAGAGCAACUCUAGUUUAAAUUCUACAAAUAAUGUGAAUGUCCAUCCGUUUUCUCGGGAACAGUCUAAUGUAAGCAAAGAAGUAUCUCAAAAACAAACGUUAGCGGUAUCUCCAAUGCCAGUCGUUAAUUCAGGUAUUCAAAAUCAAAAUUCACAAAUGUCAGAGAGUUCACAUUCGAAUUCGACCCAUAGCACUACUGGGCAACAGUCUAAUUCUAGUGAUGGCAGUGUUAUAUACCGUCCAUCGAGUGAAUCGGGUUCUGAAAUAUCAAAAGGAAGUAAUAUGACCUCAAACAAACGACUUGACAUGAAUGCAGCUUAUAUUAACGACGUUAUCAAUGAAGCUGAAAUAUCAGAGAAGGAAGCCGCGCAAAAAAGACCUAAUGACAGGUCUGCCCCAAAACCUAUAUUUGACCCUAAUAAGACAUUAACAGAAUAUGAGAGGAAUGAUAGUCGCUCAAGUACGCCUUCGCACUGUCGAGAUAAUUCGCUUGGUGAGGAAGAAAACCCUUUAAUGAACGUUUUGCCAAUGAGACCUUUGCUGCGUGGUUACAACAGCCAUCUGACACUGCCAAUGCGAACAUCAGGCUUAGGACAGAAAAAUGUUCCAGGAUAUACCCACCACGCAAAUACUGUCAAAGCUAAUUUCGGAAGGGAAAACAUGAGUUUACGUGAGCGUAUGAAUUACGGGGCGGGGUUUUCUAACCCCGACUAUUGUGACCUUGAAAUUGCCUCCGGCUAUAUGUCCGACGGCGAUUGCUUGAGAAGAAUAAAUGUAAGCGAAAUGGACUGUGGACGGAACAACGAUAUUAUGGAUGGAUAUAUGUCUGAAGGUGGAGCAUCACUGUAUGGUCGUCGGAUGAACUACCAGCAACCUUCGCAGUUCCAACAGCUCGAUGAAAGACGUGGUGGAAUCCGAAGAGGCAUGGAAGGGCUGGAGCGGUGUGGUUUACGAAGUGGGUCGGCCGCACACGUAGUAAAAGCUGACUGCGGGCAGCAAACCGAGAGACAGCCGCCCACGCCUAGACAAGAUACCACUUGUAAGAAAUAUACAGAUUUCACCGUGGGGUGGGAGCUCCGCCGUCGCAACCAACCGCCAGCUCCUCCGAGCCCUUCACAUGGUGAGAAAAAGGGGAACGCCGGACUGGUAAUCAUUCCCCUCAACAUCACAAGAGGGAGAAGCUCACUGCCGCCACAGCAACUUGGCAUCGCUCAACAUCCUCAGUACCCUGCUCCAAAUCCAUCGAAUCAGCAUGCUUCACGAAGCUGGCGGCUCUCAGGUACAAUCGCC